AUGGAGACCCCAAGAGGCAUUAUUGCCUCGGGCAGGGAGGGAAUGUGGGCUACUUCAAUAGACUUGAAUAAUGCCUACUUCCACAUUCCCAUCAGGAAGUCGGACAGGAAGUAUCUUCGCUUCUCAUGCGAGGGCAAGAUAUUCCAGUUUCGGGCUAUGCCUUUUGGCCUUACCACAGCCCCAAUGGUUUUUACCAAACUACUGCAGGUUGUGGUCGGGUUCAUCCCCUCCCGAGAGAAGUUAGAACUGUCUCCCUCCCAGGACUUUGUGUUCCUAGGCUACCGGUUCAACGUAGCCAGGGGUAUAGUCCUUCCAACUCAGGAGAAAUUCAUCAAGGCAAGGAGUCUGGUGCUUCAGUUUACCCAGAGUUCUGCGGUACAGGUUCGUUGGUACCUCAGUUUGCUGGGGUUUCUCAACUCACUAGCAGAUGUAGUUUCUCUUGGAAGGCUGCACAUCAGACCUCUGCAGAUGUUUCUUCUCAGCCAUUGGGUUCCAGCGUCGCGGGAUUGGGAGGCUUUUAUUCCUCUCAGUCAGUCGGUCAAGGAAUUUGCCCAAUGGUGGACAAUUCGGAACAAUGUCCUGAAGGGGGUGUCCUUGCACAGGAGCUCACCCACCAUGACCCUGUAUACCGAUGCGUCCAAGACAGGUUGGGGGGCGUACCUGAACGGGCAGGCUCGCUCAGGUUCGUGGACAGGGGAUCAUCUUUCCGAACACAUCAAUGUGCUGGAGAUGAGGGCAGUGUUGUUGGCCAUCCAGGACCUCAGGUCUUAUCUGCAAGACCAGGUGAUUUCCGUGGCAACAGACAACUUAACUGUUGUAGCUUAUUUGCAGAAGCAAGGGGGCACCAGGUCUCACGUCCUGUGUGUCCUGGUCAUUCGCAUUUUGCUACUUUGCCAGGAGUGGUGCCUUACCAUUCAGGUCAAGCACCUUCCAGGCAGACUCAAUGUUCUUGCAGACACCCUGUCAAGACGUCUUCAGCCGGUUCUGACGGAGUGGCAGCUCGAUCCAUCCAUAUUCCGAGCAAUAUGUCUGGUUUGCCACAGCCUUGAACCAUCAGUUGCCGACGUUUGUGUCUCCCGUUCCAGAUCCAGCAGCAUGGGGAUUAGAUGCUCUGUCUCUGGACUGGAAGGGGUUGCAUGCCUACGCCUUUCUCCCCUUCGACUUGGUGGCCAAGGUCCCCCAGAAGUACGAGGAGCAGCCUUGCUCUCUAAUUCAGGUGGCUCCCUUGUGGCCGAGUCAACCAUGGUUCCCUCAGCUUCUAUCGUUUCUGGUGGAAGAGCCUCUGGUCCUUCCACCCAGGUGGAACCUGUUAUGACAGCCGAGGUCCAGAAUCAUGCACUCCCGCCCGGAUAUACUCCACCUUCACGCGUGGAGGCUAUCUCCGGUGGUCUCGCGCAGAAGGGGUUUUCUGGACCGGUGUCAGACUGUAUCGCUAGGUCCAUUAGGUCUUCUUCCGCGGCAGUCUACCAGUCUAGGUGGAGCAUCUUCUGCGAUUGGUGUGGUCAGAGGCAGGUUGAUCCACUCAAGGCCUCUGUUCCCUUAAUUGCAGAUUUGUUACUGCAUUUGUUUCGCAGUAAGAAAUUAGCUCCUGGUACCAUUGCCGGCUAUCGGUCGGCUAUAGCUGGUAUCUUAUCUUAUGCAAGGCGACCAGAGGUAGGAUCUUCCUCCUCCUUGUCCGCCCUCAUCAGAGGCUUUACCAUUGAGAGACCUAGAGUUAGGCGUCUAACUCCUCAAUGGAAUUUAGCUUUGGUUCUGGAGUCCCUUUUGGGUACUCCUUACGAGCCUUUGAGUCUAGCCUCCUUGAAAUUCUUGACUCUCCAGACUGUGUUUCUGGUCACCCUUGGCUCGGGGGAGAAGGCGUAG